UCUUGUUUCCUUUCCUUCUCGACUCCUGGAGUCCUGCUUGUUGAGGGUUGAUUUGUGGCCUCUUCACUCUGUACUUCUCGCGUACCCCCUCGCUACUAUUCAUGAUAUUAUUAUUCAACUUGACUCCACACACUACAAUUUUUUUUUCGUUUUGGCGUGGAACUGCUCCCGCAGCCGUGAGUUCUGGUUUUGAAGUUUGCGGUUUGGAGUUUCAGCAGCGCUGGUUCGGUAUCUGUCUGGGUCGUUCGGUCGUUCCGAUAUCCAUGUAGCCCCCGUCCAACUUUUUUCAGUCCCACUUCCAGCUGCGACUGCAUCCUGCCCCAUCCCUCCUCUCGAGUCUCUCCUCACCACCGCCAGCCUCUUCAAUACUCUCAUCCCAUAGAACUUCCUUCCCUUUCCUUCCCUCGAUCGAUUUUGAUUGGUUGCUUCAAUUCUUGUUGUAUCGUUUUUCUCGGGCUUUCCCUGAGAAUCAUUUCAACCACACAUCAAACUUCGAUUCCCGUGUCAAUUCUUUCCACAGCUCUCUUGACCAUUUUCUUCUUCUUCUCCUCUUUCCAUACUCACUUGAUCAAUCUUCUGCCUACAUCCUCCACGGUUCCAUUCCUUCAUCUUGUGAACUUAUCCGAUCAUGCAAGGAAAUUCAACCGCCGUUGAUGAGAUCGAAGGCAAAAUUGCCGCAGUCACACUCAACCCCACCAGACCCGCUUAUGUUCCACCUCAUAUGAGAAAUUGUGGUCCUGCCCCCGUACCCCCACCUAGCGUCCCCUCGGGUGUUUGGAUCACCCCCUCCAUCCAUGCCCCCAAUCCAAAUGCCAACAACACCUGGACCAAACACCCAAGCUACCCUUCGUCUCGUAACGACGGUUACUCCCGCGGUGGCGGAACCGCUGGAGGAGGAGGAGGUCGUCGUCUUGACGGCUACGGUGAAUGGAAAAAUGGACAACAUGUCCCUGGUCCUCCCAAUCCCCGAACAGAGAGGGAGUUGUUUGGCGAUGCGGAAGAUCCCAGCAAACAGCACACUGGAAUCAACUUUGAUCGAUAUGCCGACAUUCCCGUCGAGGCCACCGGCAACGGAGUACCGGAGCCGGUUCUUGAGUUUUCCAACUCGCCCCUCGACCCACACCUGCUUGCCAACAUCAAAUUGGCGAGGUACAAAACUCCAACUCCCGUCCAAAAAUACUCCGUGCCGAUUGUAGCCAAUGGUCGUGAUUUAAUGGCUUGUGCUCAAACUGGUUCCGGAAAAACUGGCGGAUUCCUGUUCCCCAUCAUCUCGGCAGCUUUUGCGAAAGGUCCGCUCCCUACUUCUGGCAUGCAAGCUCAAAACCCUCGUGGUGGCUACGGCAAGCGCAAAGCAUUCCCCACCGCCCUCAUCUUGGCCCCCACCCGCGAAUUGGUCAGUCAAAUCCACGACGAGGCUCGCAAAUUCACCUACCGGUCCUGGGUCCGUCCUGCGGUUGUUUAUGGAGGUGCCGAUAUGAACACUCAACUUAGGCAAAUCGAGUCCGGCUGUGAUCUGUUAUCUGCCACCCCAGGUAGAUUGGUCGAUUUCAUUGAACGUGGUCGAAUCAGCUUAAGCAACAUUCGCUUCUUGGUCUUGGAUGAAGCCGAUCGCAUGUUGGACAUGGGAUUCGAACCCCAAAUCCGUAGAAUUGUUACCGGUGAAGACAUGCCUGGAGUACAUGAGCGUCAGACUUUGAUGUUCAGUGCCACUUUCCCCCGCGACAUUCAAAUGUUGGCCAAGGACUUCUUGAAAGAUUACAUUUUCCUGUCUGUUGGAAGAGUCGGUUCCACCAGUGAGAACAUCACCCAGAAGAUUGAAUAUGUCGAAGAUGCCGAUAAGCGCAGUGUUUUGCUCGACGUCCUCAGCUCUAUGCCUACUGGUGGCUUGACUCUGGUCUUCGUAGAGACCAAAAGAAUGGCCGAUAUGCUCGAGAACUUCUUGAUCCAAUCCAACUUUGCCGCCACUUCAAUUCACGGUGACCGAUCUCAGCGAGAAAGAGAGCGCGCCUUGGAAACCUUUCGAUCCAGCCGUACACCUGUGAUGGUUGCCACAGCUGUCGCCGCACGUGGUCUUGAUAUCCCGAAUGUUACUCAUGUCGUCAACUACGAUUUGCCGAAUGAUAUUGAUGAUUACGUGCAUCGUAUCGGUCGUACUGGACGAGCCGGAAAUACCGGAAUCUCCACCGCUUUCUUCAACCGUAACAACAAGAACAUUGUCAGGGAGCUUAUCGAUCUCCUUCGUGAGGCGAAUCAGGAGAUACCCGCUUGGCUCGAGACCGUUGCGCGCGAAGCCGCAUUUGGCGGCGGCGGUGGUGGUCGCGGUCGCGGUGGGGGUCGGGGCCGUGGUGGCCGAUCAGGAAACCAAGAUUUCAGACGAGGUGGUGGAGGCGGCGGCGGCGGUUAUGGCGGAAAUCCCUACAGCAAUGGAGGUGGCUAUUCCCAAGGCGGUCCGAUGGCCGGCUACGGGGGUCCCCCAGGUGGGGGUCAAGGUGCCUUCAUGUACGCUGCUGGUGCAAACAACGGUGGUGGUGGCGGCGGAUCAUGGUGGUGAUCGCUGCCAUCCGGCCAAAUCAACACAAAACCUAUGCCCCCUUCUCUUCUAGUUUCUCCCUAUUCCUUUUUUUUCUGCUUGUCUUUAUCUCUAAACCAAAUAUCUACACACCAGGUAGUACUGCCAACCAACUCCUGCAAAAUAAAACACUUUCCAAUCUCUUGAAUUUCGACGGUUCAGUCAAUCACAUGGCCAGCUUUCGUUAGUCUGAUGUCCCAAGUGCUUACUCAUCAUGGUCCAAAUCAUAGCUCCCGUUUUUCAUUCGACUCUUGAUAUACUUUAGACAACUGCUAGCGCUCAUCUCCAUCCAGACCUGUUAUUUGUACACCUUUCCUACCAUCCUUCCCCAACCUGUACAACUCUACUGGGCGAUGUUUUGUGGGGUGUUUUAUUACCAAUUGCUGACGAUCACACGACACGAUCGCCGAUUUUUUGGGUUUUGGCGGAUCUCGAGUUUUGGGUUUUUCUAAGAUGCUUAUGGCCUCCUGUUCGGCCUUGACAGACGUUAGUUGAUCGACAAAUCAUCUCAAUUCAAUAAAAGGCGUCCGAUUUAUUCCUUCCGGACGGCAGAGUCUACCUGGGUCAAAUCAAACAUCUUGACAAAAAUCAAUAAUAUUCAAAACAUUCAAAACAUUCCGACCUCCAAAUCAAACAUCCUAAUCAGCUACAACAGCGCCACCUCUUUUUAUGACUAAUUCCUCCUGUCAUUGGGUUCGAAAAAAAACGAUUCAAAAUACAAGAUCGGCUAAUUCUUGGCGCAGAUUCAACAACUCGUGUAAUUUAUUUUCAAGGUCAACUGACGAGCGUCCAGAACAUGUGCAUGGGAUCUAGCAAACUCGGGCCCAGCUUCGCUUCAAGAUUGAUCGAGGAAAUAACUGAAACUUACACCUUAUUCCACUUUUUUGCAUCAUAGACGGCCGAUUGCUCUUAAUAAUGAAAUACCCAAAUCUUUCAAGUUAUUUGUUUCACUAAGCAAGUGUUUUGUCUGGGCGAGGAGGGGACAGGAUCUGUUGACUCUUUCUCUCUGUUUUACCCCCUUGAUAAAUAGAUAGAUUAUAUUUUUUUUCAUUAUUGUUUUUAGUUACAACCCACAAGAAGAAGAAGAAUGGCAACGCGCACGAGAUGUGUUUUCAGUGAAUUUCGUUGUUCUAUUAUCAGUUGUCUAUCCCUCUGUUCUUCUUUUGUUAUUUUAUUUCAUAUAUUCUAAGGUCUGGAGAAUGAGAAAGAAAACCUGAGUGGAAGUG